AUGCCUUUGGCACACCUUUACGCAGCCUCUUUUAUGUCGCCGAUUUGCAUCUUCCCACAGGCCUCCUCCUCCCACUCCUCCUCUUUCUCGGCCUCCAUGCCCCGAUUUGGACCCUGCUCAUCUCGUCCGAUCUUACAUGCCGUCGUGGCUGGACUUAUUUGCUCAAUCAUCUACACGCAAUUUUGGUCGUCCAAUGCUUUUUGA